CCCUUCCCCUCCACCGAUAAGCGCCGGCCGUUGGAGCGGUUAACUCUCCGGGGAAAAAAGAUGCUGUUUUCGUGGAAUAUUAUUUUUCAGGGUGCGCACGGGGUGGUGCCAGACGUAGAGGGGGGAGCUGAAAGUCGUAUGAUUCUCGGAGUGUGUGCUGCCAGGGGCACAGCACCGGGGCUAUUACGCUGCUGUGAAAUCGCAGACCACACAACACACAAUAGAAGACCAUGUCCGACCUAGAGACAAGUGUUCCUGAACGGAAGUACACGCCUGUGACGCUGCUGUUGCGGGAGACGAGCGCCGACGGCGAGGAGACGAGGCGGGAGGCGGCGUCGGGAGCGUGUGUUUUCGAUGGCGAGGAGAGCUACCUUGUCAGCGUUGUGCUGGCGAAGCCGGACCUGCGGCGGGUGACGGUGCGCUACACGUGUGCGGAGCUGAUCAACGGCGACCAAGUGAAGUGGAUCAACGUCCCCGUGGAGGGGCUCCGUGUGCGGGCGGUGGACGGGCCGGAGCUGGAGGCCUUUUUUGCGGCGAGCCGGGGCGAGCCCGAGGGCCCGCGCCGGCGGUACGCCCUUGUGUGCCGGCUGCCGGCGUUCUGCACGGUACCGGUGCGCAACGGGCUGCGGCCUUUUGCGGUGGCCGGCGGGACGCGUUCGCGGGCGCUGCCACGGGCGGUGCGGAUCGAGAGCUCGCCGUUUGCGCUGACGACGGUGGAGGUGUUUGGCGGGUACACGAGCCACGGGCACGUGAACUACGCGAGCCCGGGGGGCGAGUUCUGGCUCAGCGACUGCAAGUUCAUGGAGAACAUGAACGGCGGGGUGGUGGUGCUUGAAGGCGGCGACGGUUUGGCCGGCGAGAGCGAGAACAGGAGCAUCGGCCUCGUGUGGGGCCGCGUGCGCUGGAAGGCCGGCGAGUUGAUGGUCGUGCUGGGCUGGGGCGCGCUUUUCGGCCGGCUGGGGCUUUUUGCCGGCGCUCGUCCCACGGCGGCCGCGGCCGCCCGCACCGGGGUCUCGCGGGCCGCGCAGAAGGUGGUUGCGCUGCGCGUCACGGACCGCCACGGGGUGCUUUCGUGGGGCAGCGGGGUCGUUGUCGAGCGCGGGACGGUGGUGACGAACAAGCACGUUGUGACGGGCAGCUGUGCACGCAACGAGCUGCCGGCGACCGUCGAGAUCGUGUACACGCCUGCCGGCGGCACGCCGGCGACGGCGACGGCGCUGAUUGCGGCCCCGCAGCUGGGCACCGACGUGCACAUGUCGCUGGCCACGGACGACGCCCAGCACGACGUGUGCUUUGUGCGCACCACCGACCCCGCCUUCUGCUCCGCCGUCGACGCCAUCGACGUGCUCGGCGGCGGCCCGCUCGCCGCCCUUGCCCGGCGCCGCGCGCCCCCCGCCGGCACCGUCCGCCCCGGCCUCCGCGUGGGCGACCGCACCGUCUCCGUCGGCCACGGGCUCUUUCUCGCCCCCGGCGCCCCGCUGCAGAGCGCCGGCCGCGUGUCCAAGCUUGCCGGCGCGACCGUCAUCUGCAGCAGCCCCUGCUGGGCGGGCUGCAGCGGCGGCGCCGUUCUCAACGCCGCCGGCGAGCUCGUCGCACUCAUGGCCCACAACGUGCGCCACGUCGCCUCGGGCGAGACGCUGGCCGGCGUCAACUGCGCCAUCGGCGUGGCGGUGCUCAGCGCGUGCCACGACCGGCUGCUUGUCGCGCCGCGACAGCGUCUUCGUCGCAGCAGCGGCCCCGCCCGCGGUGUCGCCUGCCCCCGGCUGUAGGUAGCCGCCGGGCGCCGCCGCGUGCCGGGUGCGCAGAUCUUAUCGGGCCAAUCAGCGAGGCGGGCGGUGGCGGUUGGCGUCCUCGAGGAGGAUAGGGGCCGAGGACAAGACGAUAGCGCAGCGGCGCCGGGGACAUUACACAUCACACAGCCGGAGACAAUAGGGCUGCGGGCCACGCACUAUGUCGAGAUAUACAGUAACUGCGAGAGGUUGGAUCUUGGUAGGACCGACGGUGGUCGUGCACGGUGAGGCCUGGUGCA